GUCCCAUCUCUAGCUGUCCCGUGACAAUAGGAGUUUACAAAUAAAAAUAUAAGAAAAACAGCUGAACUGGAAAAUAACAAACAAAAAGCACAAGUGGCGACGGCAGACAGUCCAGCAGGCAAUAUGUCACCGAAGAACAACCACGAUCCCACCUCAUCAGGCGAAUCAGGCAGCGCCAACGUCCAGGAGGCGGAUCUGCAGGAGAUGGAGGAUGUGAACCAAAGUCUGGACGAGCUCAGCUGCGCCCUAGAUGCCGUGGAACAACGCACGGACGACAUUAUGUCGCAGCUCCGCGAGCUGCUCAACUCCAAUAGGGAAAUCCGCCGCUUGCUGGCCGAGGAGAAGGACAAUGCGGCGCAACCCGAGGACGACAACAUGGAAGGUCAGUCGGGCAACGAGAACGAGGCCAAGUAGUGGCCACCUGACCACCAGUUAUUUGUUUGUUUUGAGCACCCAUAUCCCUUAUAAUUGUUUCGUUUUUUGUAUCAUGUAUUAUUGUUUCUUAAUCUCUAAGUAAACGUAAAUGAAAGCA